AUGUCUAUUGACUUCCCCAAGGAGGAGGAGCGUAUCCUGGCCCGCUGGAAGGAAAUUGACGCUUUUCUCACCCAAGUCGAGCUUUCUAAAGGCAAGCAGCCGUACACUUUUUACGAUGGACCGCCUUUCGCAACGGGAAUGCCCCACUACGGCCAUCUCCUCGCCUCCACCAUCAAGGACAUCAUUCCCCGUUACUGGUCCAUGAAAGGUCGAUACGUCGAGCGGCGGUUUGGAUGGGAUACACACGGCGUGCCCAUUGAAUAUGAGAUUGAUAAGGACCUGGGAAUGUCUGGUCGGGACGCAGUCCGCCAACUGGGUAUUGCCAAGUACAACCAGCUGUGCAAGGACAUUGUCAUGCGAUAUGCGACCGAAUGGAGGGAGACUAUCGACCGGUUGGGCCGGUGGAUAGAUUUUGAUCGGGACUAUAAGACUAUGGACACCAGCUUCAUGGAGUCGGAGUGGUGGGUGUUCAAGCGUCUGUUUGACAAGGGCGCCGUAUAUCGAGGAUUUAAAGUCAUGCCCUACAGUACUGCGUUGGCCACGCCUCUUAGCAACUUCGAGGCAUCACAAAAUUACAAGGAUGUUCAAGAUCCAGCCGUUGUUGUGUCUUUCCCCCUUUUAGAUGACCCAACAACCAAUUUACUGGCUUGGGUUGACGACUACCUCAGGACUACGACACCCUGGACGCUUCCCUCCAACUGCGCACUUGCCGCCCACCCUGACUUCGAAUACAUCAAGAUCCUCGACGAAGCCUCAGGCAAACACUACAUUCUCCUUGAGGCUCUGUUAAAAACCUUGUAUAAGGACCCGAAGAAGGCCAAAUUCAAGAUCGUUCAAAAGUUGAAAGGCAAGGAUAUGCUCGGGUGGAAGUACGAACCCCUUUUUGAUUACAUCUACGAGGAGUUCAAAGAUGUCGGGUUCCGUGUUGUCAAUGCAACAUAUGUUACCGCCGAUAGUGGUGUCGGUAUGGUACAUCAAGCACCAGCGUACGGUGAAGAGGAUUACAAAGUCGCCAUGGAGUACGGAAUCAUCAACGAGACGCGACCUCCCCCCAAUCCAGUCGAUGACGCCGGGUGCUUUACCUCCGUUGUUCGAGAUUUCGAAGGCCAACAUGUCAAGAAAGCUGACAAAAACAUCAUCAGGCACUUGAAGGCAACAGGGAGAAUGGUAGUAGACUCACAGCUAACUCACAGCUAUCCCUUCUGUUGGCGAUCAGAUACUCCGUUGAUCUAUCGAACGGUCCCUUCGUGGUUUGUCCGGAUCCAAGAAAUUAUCCCCAAGAUGCUGGAAAAUAUCGAAGGAUCGCAUUGGGUUCCGUCUUUUGUCAAAGAGAAACGCUUCGCAAACUGGAUAUCAAAUUCUCCCGAUUGGGCCGUUUCACGAAACCGAUUCUGGGGAACUCCGCUUCCGCUUUGGAUUAGUGAUGAUUUGAAAGAGGUUGUGUGCAUUGGAAGCAUUGCCGAGUUGAAAGAAUUGAGUGGAUACGAAGGCGAGAUUAACGACAUCCAUCGCGACAAGAUCGACAAUAUCACCAUCCCGAGUAAACAAGGAAAAGGAGUUCUUCGCAGGUGUCCUGAAGUUUUUGACUGCUGGUUUGAAUCCGGUUCCAUGCCUUACGCUAGUCAACACUAUCCGUUCGAGAACGUAGAGCAGUUCGAGAAAUCGUUUCCGGGAGACUUCAUUGCCGAAGGGUUAGAUCAAACACGAGGCUGGUUCUACACUUUGACAGUCCUUGGAACCCAUCUGUUUGGCAAGCUUCCAUUCAAGAACUGUGUAGUCAACGGCAUUGUACUCGCGGAAGACGGAAAGAAGAUGUCAAAGCGCUUAAAAAACUUCCCUGACCCUCGAUUAAUAAUGAAUAGCUAUGGCUCCGAUGCGCUCCGGCUGUACCUCAUCAACUCACCCGUGGUUCGUGCCGAAACCCUUCGCUUCAAAGAGUCCGGUGUGAAAGAGAUUGUUUCGAAAGUGCUCCUUCCGUUAUGGAACAGUUUUCAAUUCUUCGACCAGCAGGUAGCGUUGCUGAAGAAGGUUGCCGAUCUGCACUUUGUCUUCGAUCCAGAGGCCGAGAAGACGAAUUCAAACGUCCUCGACCGGUGGAUACUAGCAUCGUGCCAGUCUCUACUGAGGUUUGUCAACGAAGAGAUGGCUGCGUAUCGCCUAUACACCGUUGUCCCACGAUUGCUUACGCUAAUUGACAACACCACGAACUGGUACAUUCGCUUUAACCGUCGACGAUUAAAGGGAGAGUACGGACUUGACGACACUUCCCAUGCUCUCAACACCCUCUUCGAAGUUCUUUACACGCUCUGCCGUGGUCUUGCUCCCUUCACCCCAUUCAUCACAGACAACAUCUACCUGCGUUUACUCCCUCACAUUCCAAAAAACCUCCACGCCGAAGACGACCGUAGCAUACACUUCCUCCCCUUCCCUGAGGUACGCGAAGAGCUGUUCGAUGAAGUUGUUGAACGCCAAGUGAAACGAAUGCAAUCUGUUAUCGAACUUUGCCGUAUCUGCCGAGACCGCGCAAAUAAAGGAUUGAAGAUUCCGUUGAAAACGUUGGUCAUCAUUCACCCAGAUCAAGAAUACCUUGAUGAUGUCAAAUCACUCGAGAACUAUGUGUGCGAAGAACUCAACGUUCGCGACCUCGUUCUAUCGAGGGACGAGGAGAAGUACAAGGUGCAGUACUCGGUGUCGGCGGAUUUCUCUGUGUUGGGCAAGAAGCUGAAAAAAGAUGCGGUGAAAGUUAAGAAGGCCCUGCCGAAUCUCAAGAGUCAGGAAAUCAAAGACUUUUUGAAGAAUGGCGAGAUGCUUGUUGAUGGGAUUCGGGUUGAAAAGGAAGAUCUUUUAGUCAAGAGGGGACUAGCGAAGGACGAUAGCAACAAGGAUCAAGAGUUCAACACGGAUGAUGAUGUCCUCAUAAUUCUCGACGUUGCUAGCUAUCCAGAACUGGAACAAGAGGGACUUGCCCGAGAAAUCGUUCGCCGAGUCCAGGACUUGAGAAAGAAAGCGGGCUUGGUACCAACGGAUGACGUCGGCAUGGAGUACCGAGUGCUCAGUGAUCCUGAUGACAUUGGUUUAGAGGCUGCAUUUGAGUGCCAGGGUGCUGUUUUCGAGAAAGCACUGCGAAGGAAUGUCGACAAGCACGUCAAUACCGAGGUCGAGGGCAAGAUUCCGGAGCAGAAUGGAGAGACGGUUAUCGCGUCGGAGGAACAAGAGCUGCACAAGGCGACAUUCUUGCUUAGACUCGUGAAGCUGUAG